CUGCCUUAUAGAUUUCCUUUAUAUUUCCUUUACUAAACAGAUAGAUGCUGGAGUGGGAGGUGUUUUCUGAGGUUUCUGCUUUUCUAAAUGUCACUUGCAGAAAAAAGAAACUUGCUUUCCUUACGGUGCCAAAAUACAGCAAGACUACUAGGGUGCUUAGAUCAUGCCACUGUGGCUCACUCACUGUAUGGGGCAGCAACCCCCUUGUGAAUCAGAUUUUAUUUCCUUCAAAUAUUUAGACAAAUUGUCCCAUUACAUAAAGAACAAGCACACUGGGCUGUUGUGAGUAACUCUAAGUGUAUGGAAAAGGAAGUUGGAAAUACUGCGACUGAACCAGAGGAAAUGAAAAGCACAAGUGUAAGCAGUACUUUACUACCAGUUCCUGGAUUAUAGAACUUUUUGUUUGAUUACAGUCAUUUUGACAGGCAAGCCUGGCACAGACCCUAACCCUAGCAGAGCUCAUUUUACUGAUGUCGACUGUGUUUCUCUGCUUCAUUGGCCUCUGACUAUCUGGCAUUGGGAAGCUGAAUUCGCUCACCAUGUUUUCUUCUGAGGUGUUUGCGGGGUAUGCAGAAGCAAGACCUGAGCUGUUCUCUGGGAGCAGAACCCACAGUUCAGACCGGACCAUGGACUUUAGUCUGGCUGAGGACCACUUCUCGAGGCCUGUGGGUUCUUUUGUGGCAUCUGACAUUGAACAGCUAAAACUGGCCAUAGAGGAGUGUAAGAAGCUGAUCUUGGAGCUGCCAGAACAUUCAGAGAGACAGAAGGACACUGUAGUGAAACUUAUACACCUUCGUCUCAAACUGCAGGAACUUAAGGACCCUGAGGAGGAUGAGCCUAAUCUGAGAAUCCUGCUGGAGCACCGCUUCUCUAAGGAAAAGAGCAAGAGCGUAAAGCAGACCUGUGACAAGUGUAGCACUAUCAUCUGGGGCCUUAUUCAGACUUGGUAUACUUGCACAGGUUGCUAUUACCGUUGCCAUAGUAAGUGUAUGAACCUGAUCACUAAGCCCUGUGUGAGGUCGAAGGUUAGCCACCAGUCGGAGUACGAGCUCAGCAUCUGCCCUGAGAUAGGACUAGACCGGCAAGACUACCGUUGUGCAGAAUGCCGCACACCUAUUUCACUGAGGGGUGUGCCAAGUGAGGCCAGACAGUGCGACUACACAGGCCAGUAUUACUGCAGCACAUGCCACUGGAAUGACACGGCCAUCAUCCCAGCUCGUGUCAUCCACAACUGGGAGUUUGAACCACGCAAGGUUUGUCGCUCCUCAUUGCGCUACCUGGCCCUGAUGAUGUCACGACCUGUGCUGAAGCUGAAAGAAAUCAACCCACUGCUAUUCAACUUUGUGGAGGAACUGGUUGAGAUCAGGAAACUUCGUCAAGAUAUUCUGUUGAUGAAACCCUAUUUUAUUACCUGCAAAGAGGCAAUGGAGGCUCGGCUACUACUACAGCUACAAGAUCGACAGCACUUUGUGGAGAAUGAUGACAUGUACUCACUACAGGAUUUGAUUGACAUCUCCAGUGGCAGGCUCAGCUGUUCCCUUACAGAGAUCCACACUACAUUUGCUAAACACAUCAAACUAGACUGUGAGCGUUGUCAGGCCAAGGGAUUUGUGUGUGAGCUGUGUAAGGAGGGAGACAUCCUGUUCCCUUUUGACAGUCACACCUCAGUCUGCCACGACUGCUCUGCUGUCUUCCACAGAGAUUGUUACUAUGACAACUCCACAACUUGUCCACGAUGUGCCCGAAUGACUGAACGCAAGCAGGACGAAGUGCCAGAUGUCAAAGAUGCGUGACUCUGGAGAUGACCACCCGAUGUUACUGGAUGUUGCACUUUGCCUCACGUUGUAUUCGGCUCGAUCAAGAAGGUCUGAUAGAAGACUAGCUUUUUGUCUUUGUCCUUGGUUUGUUUUGUGCGCAUAUGUUUAUACUGUUGUGUCCUUAUGUUCGCGUGCACUACGUCAUGAAGCAGGGUACCUAGAAACCCCUCUGGAAAUUAAUAUAUAUAUUUUUUAUCUAACUUUUUAAUUUACACUAAAAUUGGAUGUACUGAAUACUGUGUAGGUGCGCUUGUGUGAGGUAUUCUCAUUAAAGUGUGUGUCUCCUUGUAAAAAUGUACAAAAUAAAUGGCCUACAGAGAAAAUCUACCUUUUAAAUAAGUGAUUAUACAUGCAGGAAUUGCAUGUUAAUCGUUACAAGCCUCAACUGCAUUAACCUAUACUGCCAACUUUGCUGAAUACUAAAUGUUAAGGUUGCCAUAUACAACAAUGGUUUUGAACUUUAAGGAUUGUAACUCCAGCUUCCAAAGACAAAAUUGCAAAGGUACAAUAACCAGAAAUUUGACUUUCAACUUCCAGUUGUUUUUAUUUUAAAAACAAUACCCUGUAAAGAUGUUUGAAAAUUAAGUAAGUAACCAUGUACUGAGCUGUCAUUUCCAAGUUUAUAAGGGCAUAUAAGUUAGUAUAACACAACUAAAAAUGCAUUGUGUUUAAUUAAGUUACCAUAAGAAAUUAGAUGACUCUAUUAGGCUAUGUGAUCAUAACAUCACUAUAAUUUCUUUUUGCUCUUGCCUCAUGCCUGUUUUCCUUUCAGGGUCAUAAUCUGUUAAUCUGUUAAACAUUUCAUAAGGUCUUAAAGAUAUUUCCAGGCCUAAAAGCAAUAUUUAUUUUUAACAUCCUAUUGGCACUGUACCAUACUGUAUAGGUCUGCUCUGAGUUUGUUCAUUUUUCAGUCAGCCACCCUGGUUACUUCAAAAAAAUCUAUGGCAUGCAAUUAUUUGACAAAAAUAUAUAUGUGUAUAUACAGUCAUUAAAACCAUAAUUUGAAAUAUAAAUACUUGUAUUUGCCAACAGAUCUAUGAUCAAAGCAUGCAUUACCGGUACAUUUUCUUGUAAGAAGAAUUGCUUUAUUCAAACAAGAAUAUGGGAGUUAAAUAUACUUUUCCUUUUAUUCAAAACUGUGAACUCAUCUCAGACAGUUUGAUCUGUGUCCAGUCUGGUUCGGUUUAAUGCAGUGUGCGUAGUAAAUAGAUGUGAAUACUCAUGAACAUUGUGUGCCUAAGCUUGUCAGGUAACAUACAGCUGUCAUCCAAACGUCUUAAUACACUUAACUAUCAUGUUAAUGGUUUUCAGUCUUAAAGUACCAAUUGCACAUUUUGUCCAGAGAUGACCAAGAUGUUAAGUGACACCUUUGGUAAUGUGUAAAUGUUGACUUAAAGUAUUUGUUUUAAAAUAAUGAGUUUUGGCUGUGAUAUCUUUCAGUAUGAUGUACUGUAUUUUUUUUUCCAAGACUAAUGGACAUAGAUGGUGUUGGUAAAAGCCAUGUCCUGUUGUAAAGUCAUGUGGAGUAAAGCAUGAAUAAAGUAAUGAAGUAUA